AUGCUCUCAGUCACUCUCUCUGCCCCCAUGGAAACUCCAAACCCUAACAAGCGACUUCGCCGAGACCUUCCUUCUUCCUCAGGCCCAAGUUCCCUUCCCACUGUUCCCGAUUUCAACCAGAACCACGUAGAUCUGAUCAUCUCCUCCUUCCUCUCGUUACCUGACUUCCCUUCGCUAUCCUCGUCGAUAUCCAUCAUGGACUCCUUCGAUCGAGUGAUUGAGAAACUAUUGCAAUCUUGUUCCGACGAUGAUCGUAUCAAAGACCGUGGACUCCGACUCGCCUCGCUUCUUCGCGAGUCCACGACGAGGUGCGCUCGGAAACACGCCGCUGAUCACAAUUCCAGUUCCUGGCGUCUCCCUCAUGACCUCACCGUCAAGGUAUUUUCGAUGGUUGACAAAAAGUCUCUGAUGCGAGCUUCAGCUUGUUGCAUCAUGUUUAAAAAAUAUGCCAUGGACCCUUUAUGUUACUCUCACACAGACUUGACAACUGAAACUGUUGAAAAUAGAAUCGUGCGUAAUAUGAUUCUUAAUGCUGGAAAGGAACUCAGAUCCCUUAAAGUUGGCUGCCCCGAUGAAUCUACAAAAUCGUUGCUUUCAGGAUCUUGUCUCGCCCCAUUAUCUUCUGAUCAUGGUUUUCUUGGGAAUCUCUUGGAAAGCCUACACAUUUACAAUCACGGAUGGUUGGACAAUACGUCCUUGUGUCGUGCCUUGUCAGUCUGCUCAAAUCUAACCGAUCUGAAGAUUGUUGGAUUGGAUGUUAAUUCAUUAAGGAAAGUAUUAGAGGUGCUUCCAAAAAAAUGUCAGCAUCUGUUCGUAGAGAAAGGGAUCGGAUCUGGUAGAUCUAUGUGGUCCCUUGGUUCGUUCUUUUUGUCUUACCGGCCCGAUUUAACUUCACUAUCACUCAUAGGUUUCGAACUAGAUGACGGAGAAGUCCACAUUAUUAUAAGGGGUCUGCCUAAACUUAAGUAUCUGAACCUAUCCAGGACAUCUGUAAUGAAAGGAGGCUUUUUGAGGCAUGUGAGUGAUAGACGCAGAGGCUCUCUGCUCGAGACUAUAAUACUGCGAGAAUGCCGUUCUCUAGACGAGACAAGGGUUUGCAAGUUUUUGGAUUCGUUAAUCAUGUCCAGAAGACACCUCAGAUUCAUUCGACACAUUGAUGUUUCAAAUUACAACGGAUUAAUGCAUGGCGGCAGCAAACCAAAGCGACUGUUUUUUGUGUUUCCUUUGGAAAAGCUGAAGGAAAAAAGACCAGGUGUCACAUUUGUGGCAGAUUUUAGAUCACCAUCAUCAUCAUCUUCUAUUUUUUCAUGGUCGCCAUACUAUUCACCAUCAUCAAGGUUAAUCAAUUGCCCAGGAGAUACUUCUUCCGGCAGUGGAAGUGAGGGCGGCUAAUCGGCUAUUACCAACAACUUGUGAAAUAGUCACGGUGAAGAGGAAGCUCACGUCAUAACAGAAGGAGCACAGGACCCGGUCAAAGGGAAACUGUUGCGGAUUCCUCAAUAAAUGGAGAAGAUCUCGGGAACCAGUUGAUGACGAUCAAGCGGGACCUGAAGCUAUUUAAAGAGAAAGUGAAUCAAGAAAGAAGAUCCAUUA